AUGGACAAGCGCCCGGUCCCUACAAUGGAAUUUGCCAGCAGGGUCACCAGUAUAAUCUACGGUGUCGUCGGAACCUUCAUGGAGAAGACGUCUUUCGGUCUCGAAGAGAGCCGACAUGCUCCCAAGACACAUCUCUCGGAACCCCCUCUUCGUCGUUCAGGUAACGAAGCCACGCACUUCACUGUCGACGGAAAUAAAACUCGCCCAUCCUCUGCUCCUCAUUUCUCAUCUCAGUCUUCUUCAUCGAUACUUCCCCCCGACACGUUCCUUUCCACUUGUUCUCUUCCUUCUUCUUCUUCUCCCUUAUCUUCUUCGUUUGGCAACACCAUGGAGGACAAGGAAAAUACCAAGACGUUCCCUGUCGCCGAUGUGGACGACACGGUCAGCUUCAUGGCUGCUGCUCGCUCCUUGAAGCUGCCAAAGACUUAUGGCACUCCUACUGUUGCUGUCGACGCGUCCAGUGAGAAGGCCAGUACUUCAAUGAGUCGUCCCGAGUCUCGUGCUGAUGCUGAAGUUUUUGCAUCUUCUGGUCAGAAUACUUAUGACGACGAGUGGAGUAUCAAGCCUGAUGCCGAAGAAUCUGAAGUGAAGCCCGAGACCCCCAAGGCUGGAGUGUCCAGUGUUUUUGGUGACUCCAAGCCCCAGGGCUACAAUGCUGCUGCUACUAUCAGCGCUGGUCCUCGUGGUUCGGAAGCUGUAGCUUCAGGUGACGCCAGUGAGGUAGAGGACCGUGAGAACCUUACUACUUUCAAGAGCUGGGGCACCCCUGCUGCUCGUGACAAGCCAGCUUCUCGUGUCCGUCGUAUCAUCCUCCGAGGCUUGCCUGCUACCUGGUGCACCCCUGCUAAGGUUCUGUCGCUUGUGCACGGUGGCAAUAUCGAAAGUGUUCACGUCCAUGGCAACGGAACUGCUCAUAUACUCUUUUGUGAACAUGAAGCAUGCCAGACCUUCUACGACAAGUAUCCGAACGGCAUCGACCUUGACAAAGAAAGAAGGAUCACCGUGUUUGUGGAGAUGGGCAAGGAAGUUGACGUGGUCAGCUCCCAGCUUUCUUUCAAUCUGUCUGUUGGCUCGACUCGCGCCGUGAGAGCUGUCGGAGUCGACAUGAAUGCCAGCAUGGCGCAGCUGUACAGCAUGGCCUGUGGCAGCGAUCGCAAGGUUGAGAAGAUCCUGGACUCAUAUGUGCCUGGAGACGCCCGCAAUGUGGUCUUCCGCUUCUGCUCCAUUGAGGAUGCUGUGCGGUUCCGCGGGAUUCUCGUGCGUGAUCCUGAGUGGGAGCACUGCAACGUUCAGUAUGCGACGGACCCCUGCGAGUUCGCUACCGGUAUGCACAUUGACUGA